AGUCGUUGAUGAGUCGAUUUCGAAGCUGUCUGUUAUUAUUAUUUUUUGUUUCAUUUUUUUAUUUUCGGUUGUUCAAGAAUGAAACGAAGUUAUCAAACAUUUUUUGAAAACGAUAAUAAUCAUGAUGUUGAUGAUGAUGAUGAUUCGGAAAUUCAAUCAGAUUACAAAAUUACACAGGUGAUUGGUCAGAUUUGUUCGAAUGUAGAAAAUGAUUCAAUCUACAAACGAAAAUGUAAUUGUGAUCCAUAUCGUUCAUUCAUUCGAGCCGGUCCAUUUGUUCUUGGCUGUCAAUUGACCGAUAUACCUCAAUUAUCCGGUAUUGAUAAUUAUAUUGCAAGAAAAAUUGAUGAUAUUAAUCCGAAUAGAUAUUAUUUGUUGAAAAUUGUUGUACUACCUAAAGAUCGUAUGGAUGAAAAUCAAAGUCAACGACAAGCUAAAAUGAUGAUUUAUAAUGAAUAUUCUGUUUUAUCAUUGCUCAAAAAUCAUCCCGGUAUUAUUCAGAUACGUGGUUUAUAUUCAGAUAUUUAUUUCGAAAAUGAUUGCGAUGAUAAACAAUGUGAUGUUGAUGUAUGUGAACAAUGUAUUAAAACUGUACAAUUGACAACCGAAACUGAUAUCAAUGAUGAUGAAAUAAAUGUUUCAAAACAUUCAAAUAAUNUUUUAUUGAUGAAUUCAAAAUAA